AUGCCGUUUAUGGGCCCCGCUGCUCUCAGCGCGCCAGCGCGUUAUGCACAGGUAUUUUCUGUCAAUGCCGAGCCGCCGGCGGCAAGCGCGCGCUCCCUUGGUGAAGAAUUCGAAGACGUAUAUCUUUGUAACGACCCCGAACUGCCGGAGGCUCGCGUGGGAUCACUCAGUAAACAACCUCGAAGUGAUUCGGUGGAGUUCCGUAUUGAAACUUUGUCUGCGUGCUCCGCCGCUGACCGUGCUAGCCAGUAG